UCCCAUAAUAUUGGUUUGUGGCCAUUCCGUUGCUUUGUUUGGUUCCUUCUGAGUGAACUGUCAUAAACUAAAAUUUGGUGGGGUUCUUCUUAUGAAAGUUAAUAUAAAGGCUUCGACUGGAGGGAAGUAUACCAUUUCUGUUGAAGACCUGAGCGAAACUGUGGGUUCCUUCAAAGGCCGUUUAGCAGAACUAUGUGGAAUUCCUGCAGAGAAUCAGCGUCUUAUUUUCAAGGGUCAUAUAUUGAAGGAUGUUCAGACUAUGAACGACUUGAAAGAGAAGCAUGGCCUUGAAGAUGGUCAGACAAUGCAUUUAGUUCGAGGAGCAGGUGCAAGUGGAGGACCCAACAACACAACCUCUUCAAAUAGUGGAGUUCAACCAAACACAGCUUCUCAUAACCAGUCCUUGGGAUCUUCUUCAGGGAAUUGGAAUACUUUUAGUACUUCACAAACAACAUCGGGUAGCAAUGCACAACCUUUUAAUAUGUUUGGAGGCAAUUCUACUCCAAGUGGAACUAAUUCUUCAGGACUUCCGAAUAUGGAAUCCUUUGGAAAUAUGGCCAAUGUACAACAGCAACUGAUGCAAAAUCCGGAACUUAUGAGACAAGUUAUGAACUCUCCUAUGAUGCAAUCUCUUUUACAGAAUCCAGAACUUAUGCGCUCUAUGAUGAUGAACAAUCCUCAAAUGAGACAACUUAUGGAACAGAAUCCAGAAUUAUCUCAUGUCAUGAAUGAUCCACAAGUACUGAGACAAGCUAUGGAAAUGGCAAGUAAUCCUUCUCUUAUGGCUGAAAUGAUGAGAAAUACAGAUAGAGCAAUGGCCAAUAUUGAAAUGAUGCCUGGUGGAUUUGAUGCCUUGAGACGUAUGUAUUCCAAUAUUCAAGAGCCACUUUAUCAGUCAGCCUCUGAGAUGACUGGAAAUAAUGAAAGUACAGACAAUACAUCCGAAGCAACUGCACCAACAUCUCAAAGUAACCAUUUUACAGCUUUGAAUAACGACAACAACAAUAAUCACAAUAAUGCUUCAACCAAUUCUGGAGCAACUUUCAAUCCUUUUGGAACGUCUUUUCCUGCUGUCGAUCCGAAUACGAUGGCAACUCUUUUAGAGAAUCCUGGUGUGCAACAAAUGUUACAAAAUAUGUUUUCAGACCCUUCAACCGUAGAAUCAGUUCUAAUGAGCAAUCCUCAGCUUCGACAAAUGGUGGAAUCUAAUCCUCAGAUGAUGAAUAUGUUGAGAAAUCCCGACUUUCUGAGGACUAUGUCCAAUCCUCAAUUUCUGCGCACUAUGUUUCAGUUACAACAAGCCUUUCAAUCGUCUACCAAUCCAAAUACGGCAACAUUUCCUUCAUCCACCAAUAGUAAUAACAUGAGUAGUACGACUUCUACAAAUACUUUCCAAUCCAACCCUACUGUUAGUUCUACACCAGACAUGAGUUCGUUAUUUUCCUUUUUGGGCUCGUCAUCCUUUGCCAAUAAUGCAUCGUUUGUUGAUCCAGCAAUUGCGAAUAUGAAUGAAGAACAGUUGGAACAACACUUUCAUAAUCAGUUGGAACAGUUGAGAGAAAUGGGCUUCUUAGAUAAGCAAAUGUGUUUGGAAGCACUCAAGUAUACCAAUGGCAAUGUUGCUGCAGCAGUAGAAAGAUUAUUGAAUCAGUUUGGUGGCUAAGAUAAAUGUUAUGCUUUCAAA